UUCUCUCGUCCUCUGCCUUUUCUCUCCUCUCUAUUCUCUUGUUCCGAUUCGGUCGGUAUAGUGUGGUGUAGGCACAGCGCCGGAACUCGAGCCACCGGCGGGGAGAUGGAGGCCGACGGGAGGAAGGACGGCGAGACGCCGGCGGCGGCAGCGCAGAGGGGCGCGUCGUCGUUGGGCGUGUCCGUGCAGGAGGGCCUGCAGCACGCCAAGGCCAGCGUGGUCGGCGCGGUGCAGCAGGCGAUGGCGGGGAGCGAGGAGGAGGCGGCGCAGGCGGACCUGCGCGCGGCCAAGGCGCAGGUGGAGGCCACCGACGAGGCCGAGGCCAAGAAGAAGCACCUCGCCGGUGGUUGAUGGAGGUGACUGCGUGCGAGAUUGCUAGGCUGUAUGCAUUGCAUUUGGGUUAGGUUCUGGACUUCUAGCCAUUUUUCUCGAUCUGCUGUUUGUUUUUGUAAUAAUAUUCCAGAUGAACUUUGUUACGAUGUUAAGAAGUGUGGUUUGUUUA